AUGCCACAUUAUCUGACUCCAGAGCUGCUGUCCGCGCUUCAGAGCCUCGUCAUGGGCAGCGUGUUGAUCAAAUGCGCCCUGACAGAUGUGGGCAUCCAGUGGGCGGGCUGGGCUCUGGCCGCGGCGUGCAAAACGGAGAAGUUCUACGACCUGGCAGGGUCUGGGACAUUUAUCCUCCUGGCCCACCUGAGUCGCAUGUGGGGAGGAGCCGGGCACGUCCGUCAGAAUGUGCAGACCGGGCUUGUGACUGCGUGGGGGCUCAGACUGGGGACUUUUCUUUUCCUGCGAAUCUUGAAGGACGGCCAUGAUCGCAGAUUCAACAAUGUCAGAGACAGCCCAGGGACCUUCUUUGUGUACUGGACUGUUCAAGCUCUGUGGAUCUUCACCACGCUGCUGCCCACCCUCAUGCUGAACAGUGAGAAGAGAGACCAGCCUCUUGGAUGGAGGGACUAUGCCGGCUGGAGCGUCUGGGGCCUGGGCUUCACGGUGCAGGCCAUCGCCGACCAGCAGAAAUGGAGAUUCAAAAGUGACCCGGAUAACACAGGUAAGUUCAUUCAGUCCGGACUAUGGGCUUACAGCAGACACCCCAACUACUUUGGAGAAAUCCUGCAGUGGUCUGGCCUGUGGCUCUCUGCUUCGUCAGUGAUGCAUGGAAAGCAAUAUUUAAGUGUCGUUUCUCCCAUGUUUGUGUGGUUCCUGCUGAACUAUGUGAGCGGAGUGCCACUCCUGGAGAAACAGGCCGCCAAGAAGUGGGGGUCUGACCCGGCCUACCAGCACUAUAGCGAGUCCGUCCCCACCCUUGCUCUUCCACGACUGAGCCUUAGCCCACCGACACUGCUGCCCCGCCAACAGGACUGCUUCGGGCGCCAAUCUGAGCCAGUGACUAGAGAAAUUGGUUGCCAGACUGAUCCAGUCAUUGUACGGCAUGCUAGUGUCCAGGCCAAUGUGAAGCCGAGCAGACGAAGCAAAGCUAUUCAAGCCCGAAGUGCAUACACAAGUGUCAGUUGUGGCACUGGGGACCUGAUGGAAAUCCCUCUUCCUGACAGUCCCAGAGCAGCCUCUACACCUUUAAAAAGGAAAAGGUGUGAGGUGCCAGCGUCUGACCCCAGCUCCCACAUGAACUGCUCAAGUUGUCCCAAUGAUCGGAAAUAUUUCUGGAGCUGGGCAAGAGAAGGUGAUGACGAGGCUGCCUUUGGUGGUGGAUGCAAGAGUGUGGCCAAAAUCAAGCACAGCAGCAUGUGA